AUGGAGCUGGAGAUGGAGGCUCAUGGCCAGCCGGAUCGAGUGCGAAAGCGCCGCCGUCGCACAAUGGCUUGCACGCAGUGUCGCUCGCGCAAAUUGAAGUGUGAUCGCGAGUAUCCCACUUGCAGCCGCUGUCUAAAGAGCAGAACUCCGAGUAAAUGUACCUACGAGGAUGGCUUCUUAUGGCAACAACCCACCACCGUGGGAACUACUGCAUUUGCGCCCGACCGUGGCUCCACUGCACCCAUGCCCCCUGGGGGUUCCCACUCGGUUGAGACGCCUCCAGAUUCGGUCAUAUCCAAAGUAGCUCGGCCGGAGACAUUCGCUCAUGGUGAACCAACUCCUAGCCACCCAAUGCACCACAUUCACCACGGUCUCUCGGGGCAUGCGCUGGCGCCGCCUUACCGGGGUCACUCGAGAGGCAAAGAGCGACGGGACUGUUUUUUGGAGACGGUGCUCGGUGCGCCCAAAGCUGCAGUGAGACAGGAGCCCUAUGGUAUCACGGGCAUACUGCAACGCCAAAAGCGACCGCAAGAGCCUCAGCAAAACUCAUCGCUGGCCGAUGAUGAUGACGUGUACGAGGAGGAAGAGGGCCCUCUCUCACCGUCCCGCCAGCUUGAUCUGUCUCCUCGGAUGAUGAUGAGAGGACGUGAAACGGGGACGCGAUUCAGUGGAUCGGGCAUUUUCGCCAACCUGGUCACACAGUUCCCUGAUAUGAAAACUUUCGCGGAGGAGGUCAAGCUUUCCAAUCCAAUCAUUACGCAGAUUCGACCCGAUUUGGAAAGAGUGAAGCGUGGUCUUUGGAAACGCGUGCCACUUAACACGCCGUUUCCUGAACCGACCACGGCCUCGCUGGUUGGGAUGCUACCCUCGCGCGGCGUGGUCGAUGAGCUGAUUAGCUUGUAUCUCACCUACAUCGAAUCAACCCACCGCAUCCUUCAUGUCCCAUCUUUUUUGCGGGAGGUUGACGAAUUCUGGGCCAUGCUAGAUAGCCCCAGCUCUCUGUCUGCGGGAUUUGCAGUCCAGUUGUUAUUGGUUCUUGCUUGUGCGUGGGAUCUAGCAGACUUUGCUAGUCUUCAAUCCAAAAACAUGACAGAGUUGAAAUGCUACACUGCCAUUGAAUGGGUGUUACAUGCCGAGAGAUGGAUCGAAAAUCUGCACAACAAGCGACCAGAGAUCCACACAAUGCGGUUAUCUAUUCUGUUGAUCCUGGCCCGGAACAGCCAUGGAAUGAAACGCAGCCAGGCCUGGCUGGCGACAGGAACGCUAGUCAAACAAGCGAUGAUGGCAGGAUAUCAUCGCGACCCGAGCCGAUAUGCACGGAUUUCCGUAUUCAACAAAGAGAUGAGGCGGCGAAUCUGGAGCACAAUAGUUGAACUGGACCUCCAGGUUGCUCUCGACCGCGGCAUGCCCCCAUCGGUGCAAAGUUACGACUUCGAUACAGCUCCGGCAUUGAACAUCCACGAUGAUGAGCUCAGUGAAAACAUCACCGAGGCCCCUGAGAGCCGACCGAUGAAUGAAGUCACGGACACAUCGUUCCAGUCUAUUCUCAGUCAAUCUUUACAUCUUCGUCUCCAAGCUUGCUCACUAAUGCACUCUCCAAGGAUCAGCUGCCGGUAUGAGGAUAUCCAGCGCCUCGACUGGGAGCUCACCAGAUGUCUUGGUCGGAUCCCUUCGUGGGCUACGACAGAACCCCGGGACAUUGUGACCCAGCACAAGGUCCUCCUGUGGAAAUCCGUGAUAGAAAGCAAGAUUUCUCAAUCUCUUCUGUCAAUACACACGCCUUUCGCUAUCGAGGCCCGCAGUGAGGCGCUUUUUGCACCAUCGGCGAGAUCUCGCGCGGACGCCGCGACUAGGAUAUUAUCUACCCAGCGUCGCAUGCACGAAACCUCGCGCUCACUCUCAUUGUGUACGCUUGGCGAGUGGACCAUUCACGCUUACCUUUCAAUCUGUCAAUUGCUGCACGCAGCGGAACCUGACAAUGUAUCCCCUCUUUAUUCCUUAUCGAUAGUAUCCACCGUCCACAAUCUACCAGGGCUCCCAGAAUCAUUGAUAUCUCUUGUGGAAACAGCCCUCAUCUCACUUGAAGAGCGAUCGCUUUUGGUGACCAAGGGCGCUAAAGAUUACUUCUUUCUAUCAACGAUUGUCGCUCUGGUCAAAGCCCGAAUUUGGCCCGCACAGGCAAUCGUAUACAAGCAACAGGUCGUCGAGCGGAUCUUGUCAUUUGCGCAAGCUCUAUUCUCCCGGCACACUGGAUGCGAACAUCUUGGGCCGCCUGGGAUGGGCAAUUUCAAGAACAACCAGGUGGCUGCGUUCACAGCGACGCCAGCAAUGGUUCCUAUCAUAUCGAAUGAAUUUGAUCCUAACGGGAUGCUGCCACCGCCGCAUCUAGGCGUUACACCACCCGGCGAUUUUGAUCCUUUCUUGGAGAUCUUCGAUUGGGAGGAUCUCACAGGUAUGACACUCCCAUGCUGA